UUAUUGUUUCUUGUUAUUGUUUAGUUUGUUUUAGCAAACAUGAGUGAUUCCCAAGAAACGCUCUAUAAGUGUGAGGAAUGCAGUUCAGAGUUUAAAAUGCGAAAGAACCUCUACGCCCAUAUGAGGAAAGUUCAUGAACUUGAUAUCCAUGUGUCUAAAAAAGGAAAAGGCAGUGAAUUGUGUCCCCAGUGCGGAAUUGCAUUUAUGAGAUGCAGUUCAUUAAAACGUCAUCAAAUAACUGUGCAUGGCAUGAAGUCGGAGGAAAACAGUCGGAAAUGCCGCAUUAUUUGCCCACAGUGCUCUCUCUCGUUUCUCACCUAUGACACACUGAGAACACACAUUCAAGAGAACCAUGACGUUAGUUUUGAGUGCCAGGAGAUAGAAUUUGGUUGUCUUGCAGACUUUGAAGAGUGGAAAAUUUCUUACGAAAAAGUAAACCAUGUUCGUUAUGUAAUGAAUUGUUCGGAGCAGGAGCGACUAGAAAAACGUGUUCGAUAUUACCACUGCCAUCGCUCUUUCAAUUUCAAUUCUAAAGGAACAGGUGCCAGGUGUGUCAAAAGUAUGGGCACGAAUAAAAUAGGCAGUACUUGUCCAUCCAACAUGCAAGUGACAAUAACAGAGGACAAAUGCUGCUUAAAAUUUUUUCCAAAACAUAUGGGACACACCCAAGAUGGACGGCUGUCACAGGGUGUUCCUGUUGGACGAGUCUUACAAGAUGUCCGAAGUGCACCAAUCGCUGCAAGUGUGGAAAGAAUCCAUCUCCUUGAGAAAAAAGAUUUGCAUAAUAUAAAAAGGGAUUUUGAUAUUGGUUAUGCAACAAAGAAGCAUGAAAACGAUGCAGUGAGUGUGAAAUUGUGGGUUGAAGAAAUGAAGAGACAAAGUGACAACCCAGUACUGUAUUUCAAGCAGCAAAAACAAGUGGAUCCUAAUUUUCAAGAUGAAGACUUCAUUCUUAUUAUAAUGACAGACUUUCAGGCCGAACAACUUCUAAAUUCAGACAAUGAAUAUGUGUCAGCAUUGCUUUCUGGCAAUUCAGAAAAAUCUGCUGACACAUUUGAACAGGAUGUGAUGUCUCACUGUGAAACUAUAGUUGCACUCAGCAAAGGAACACAGUGUGGACAGGAGACUAAGGCCAAAGUAUUGAAGGAUCUGAAGAAGAUCAUUGGUAAUCUUAAUAAAGAUUUUUCUUUCUCAGAAGAAAACACAGUAAAUGUGAAUGCCAAGAUUGAAUCUCAGGCUAGAUUUUUUCCACAAAGCAGAGAAGGAUUUUGUGAGGGGUGA